AUGAGCUGCAGCUCUAAAAGACCCGCCGAUGCGUCGUUGGAUCGCUGGAGCAAGCGACGAUCGCUCUCCUCAUUCCGCGAGACGCCCAUUUCUGCCAACGCUUGUUCCUCGGUGUGGGAGGGGCUUGACACAGUCAAUUCCAAGCUUGACUCAUUAAUUGAAGUUACAAGAACAUCAAGUGAGAACACAACCCGUACUGAACGGUCGCAAGAUGAAUCACUGUCGCAGCUCCGGGGUAUAGAAAACAAAAUCAAGGAGUUGGCUGAUCGGAUCAAAGAGUGCCGCAUGGCCUCCAUCCCUCGAGAAAUAGAGUACAACUGGACGGGAGGGUUGGCCCCUGCCGAUCUACCAAUUCUUCUUCUCGAUGCCAGUCGGGCUGCGCGGAGUAUUUACAUACCGCGAGUUUUCUGCAACUCCUUGGAGGACUUUCAUGAUAUCCUCAAAAUCCUGUUCAGAAACCUACCAGGCUUUGCAAAAAGUGCUGAUGGUAGUAUUCCUCCCGAUAACGUGCCUCGAUCACCUCUGAUGAACGAGGAAGAGGCAUUUUCACGAAUACGCUACAUGCAUCAGAAAGUCAUGCCUCGAGCGAGAGCUCCAUCCCCUUUGGCUUCGAAUGAUCUUCAGCUGGAUCAAAUGGCGCAUCGUCGCUGGGACAGUCCCGCCUACAUAGAGGAUUGUUAUGCAUAUGGUCAGUCUAAAGCUAACCCUCUGAAUGUCAAGGACAUGAUCUCUAAAGUGGCUUUUGGUGGCACAGAAUCUAUGGAACUUGAUGAGAUUUCCAAUGAGUCUCUCUCGGAGGUGUACCAGGACGAAGUGUUUGGCUCUGAACACAAUAUGGUGGACACGGAUAUGGAUGGCGAUAUCGCCCCUCCCUCUGAACCGGGAUUUGUCUAUGAUGAGAGAGCGCCUCCACGCCAGUUCCAACUCCCACCAUAUGCACUCCAUCUCCACGAUCCAAGAACAUCGAGCAGGUCAUACAGUCGGGACUGGGGAGCAUGGCAGAAUGCUCUUGCUUCCGAGGAAGCAUCUCAGCAAGAGCCAGAUACUAUAGCGCCCAUGGAUUCGAUUUCGAAUUACGAUGACGAUUCAGAUACCAGUCUCCAAUGGGGGAGGGUCAGCGAUACCGGUUCUGCCUUGUAA